AUGACGCGUAUCGCUGCCAAACGCCUCGCCAGCAUCCUCUCAUCGACGCAUCACCCAUGCCCGAUCCGUGCAACCCCCACUCAGCCCCCCGAGUCGCGUGAUGCGCGAGCACAGCGAUGGCUUUGCGAGGAGGCCGUCUCCUGCGGAUUCCCUUUCACGAUGGUGGACGCACUUCAUGCCGAGUCUGCGCUAUAUCACACUACGAUACUCUGGUUUCGCGUGUGGGCGUUCGGGCAGGGAUCGGCACUGAAAGCGGUGUUUGGCCCAGCCAGCAUGCGGGGAUCUACGUACCGAAGGAACGGCGGGAGCACCGUGCGCGUCUGGUAUGGCGACCGAGUCCUGCGCAACCGUGUCCUGUCGCACGACGGGUGCAGAGCUUGCACUGUCUCGCACUGCGAGCCCCUGUCUGGCCAGGGCCUGCCGGCACAGCGGCUGCCAGCACAGUCGACUAUGGCGCCCCAUGAUCGCUCUGUUCGAGCAGCCCUGCCUCCUACGAUCGCCGGUGGUGAGGCUUGA